UAACCACUUAGCAUCAGAAACACCCAUCCCCUUCCCUUCAUCUCCCGAAGUAAUGCUAAAAUUCGAUUAAGGAAAAAAAUAAUAAUAAAAAAAAGUCGGCCGCUUUUCUCUCGUCACUCUCAUCCUUCUCUACAGUUUCUUCUCUUCCAGAAUCCCCCUUCCCCAAACAGGGAGUUUCUUGGUGACUUUCGAAUCUAUACAUAGAACAUUGAAAAGGAAAAUCCGAGGAACCGAGAAUUUAGGGUCUGAUUUGUUUAGCGAUUCUUUUUUAUUCCGGUAAAGGGUUGAUGUUAGUCCUAAUACGAGAAGAUUAGGGUUUUAGAUUGUCGGAAUUUUGUGGGCAAUUUGGGGAUGUUAGAAAAGGAGGAAUCUACUGGUGCUACUGCUGAUAAUAGCGAAAGUUCUCAAGGGCCGUGCCAAGUUUCUGGUGGCAGGAAAUUUUAUUGGCGGUCUGCAUCAUGGUCAUCUUCGCGGACUUCACUGCCCCCGAUUAACCCAGACACUGAUAAUAAAGAUGGCUUAAAUCUUAUUGGCAACAAUAACAGUAAUUGUGGGGUGGGUCAGCGCAUUCCUCCUCCAUUAACCCCUAGAACCCAACACAGCUUUAAGGGCAGGUCGUGUCUGCCUCCAUUGGCAAUUGCUCGUAGGAGCUUAGAUGAGUGGCCAAAAGCAGGGUCUGAUGAUAUUGGUGAGUGGCCGCUUAUUACUACACCUGGUGGGAGGAGCUCAACUGGUUGUGGGGAGAGGUUGAAACUUGAUUUGUCAAAUAUACAGAAAAACCCUGAUAGCAAUGUAUGUGGGCUUGUGAAGAGAGAAAAGAUUGCUUUCUUUGACAAGGAGUGUUCGAAGGUGGCUGAACACAUUUAUCUUGGCGGCGAUGCUGUUGCAAGGGAUAGGGAGAUACUUAAGCAGCAUGGCAUUACUCAUAUUCUAAAUUGUGUGGGAUUUGUAUGCCCGGAGUAUUUCAAGGCUGAUUUUGUGUAUAAGACAUUAUGGUUGCAGGAUAACCCUUCUGAGGAUAUUACCAGCAUACUGUAUGAUGUUUUUGACUAUUUUGAAUAUGUUAGAGAACAGGGUGGAAGGGUUUUUGUUCAUUGUUGUCAGGGUGUCUCUCGAUCUACAUCAUUGGUGAUUGCUUAUCUAAUGUGGCGAGAAGGGCAAAGCUUUGAUGAUGCAUUUCGAUAUGUGAAGGCUGCUAGAGGAAUUGCUGAUCCAAAUAUGGGUUUCGCAUGCCAGUUAUUGCAGUGCCAAAAAAGGGUUCAUGCUUUCCCUUUGAGCCCCAGUUCUUUACUAAGGAUGUAUAGGAUGGCUCCACACUCACCUUACGAUCCUCUGCAUCUGGUUCCUAAAAUGCUAAACGACCCUUCGACAUCUGCUUUGGAUUCUAGAGGUGCGUUUAUUAUACAUGCUCCUUCUACAAUUUAUGUUUGGAUUGGCAAGAGUUGUGAAGCAAUUAUGGAAAGGGAUGCCCGAGGAGCUGUUUGCCAAAUUGUUCGGUAUGAAAAAGUUCAGUGUCCAAUAGUAGUUAUUAAGGAAGGUCAGGAGCCUUCAUACUUCUGGGAUGCUUUCUCUAACCUGCUGCCGUUGAUGGACACAUCUAGCAAUGGAGUAUGUAUUGCUGGCUCGACAACUAAAAUUCCAACGCGGGAGAGGCUAGUGGACUCAUAUGAUGUCGAAUUUGAGAUAUUUCGAAAAGCAACAAUUGGUGGAUUUGUUCCGCCUUCUGCCUCUUCUGAAGCCGAACACGAAACGCACCUUCCUGUGAGAGAAAGCUGUUGGAGCGUGCUAAGGUGUAAGUUUGUUUCCGGUAAUAUGGAGGAGUUUGUUUCUGCUUCUAAGUCAGGUAUCUCCAGAAUCUACCCUGAUUCCCCUUCCAUUUUUGAUAGUCAUUGUGCAGCUAAACAGAUACAAUCUUCUGCAAAUUCUUUGUUGUCGUCAAAGUCACUAUCCUUUUCAUCGUCAUCACCUUCGUCAAUGUCUUUGUCUUCAUCACCUUCAUUUUCUUCACCUCAUUAUUUCUCUCCAGACUCUAUUUCUCCUGAUUCAAGCAAUAGCUCAACAUAUUUUUUGGAUUCCCCUGCUACAUCCCCUUUGGCUUUGUCAUGUAAUAAUGUAACAUCUGCAUGUCUGUCUAGCUUCUCUAACAUAUCCCUGCACUCAUCCAAAUUUUCUCCUCACUCUGUAUCUAAAAGUUCAAAGUAUAUCGAUGUCAAUUUUAAGUCACAGCCUUUUUCACAUGCUGGUUCUUCACCAUCUAAAAAGUUACCCCUUUCCAUUGCCGAGCGGAGAGGUAGCUUAUCAAAGUGUCUUAAGCUGCCCCUGCAGGCUGAUAAUUCUCAAGAAAAAGAUGCUCCUUCAAGUGGUCUCAUCAAUGAAUACGAUGUCGUCAGUGCUAAUGGUGAUGCUUUUUCAUUAAAUGAAUUACAUAAUAGGGAAGAAGCCAUGCAGCAUGAGGGGGAGAGAAGGGAAAAUAUAGUGAACGGACUGCUGUUAUCUUCAGGUGGGGGUGCUACUGUAAAUUCAUGCCACGAGAAAGUUAGUUUGUUGAAACAUUCCAACAAACUGUGCGAGCGUCCUUUGGGAGAAAAGGAGGCAGGUCUAUUGGACAUAAUGAUAGACGGUAUCUCAUCAUCUUCUAACUCAAUGAAACCAGUAGUAUGUCGAUGGCCUAGCUUGGAAAGGCUUGUAAGUGUUGGUACUUAUGGGUUGGAUUCCAAAUCUGUAUUCCUUCUUAUUACUCCGAAUUCAGGUUCUGGCAAAGUUGAGGAUAGCAUUCUAUAUGUAUGGGUGGGAAGAUCUUUCAGUUGUGAUGGAACAGAAAUGACAUUAGGUAGCCAGAACAGUUCGGAUAGUCUAGAAGAGAUUGAUUGGAUAAGAGCUAGUUCUGAUGUGCUUUCUCAAAUGGGAUUGCCGGAGGACAUCAAAAUCGAGAUUAUCAAGGAAAAUGAAGAACCUGAAGAGUUUCUUGCCUUGUUAAGUUCUUUGUGACCUCUCAUUUCUCCAGCUUCGACAAUUGGCAGUUCUACAUUUUUGCCUGGCUUUGAAGCAACUUCAUCCGGCAAAAGUAUGAGGUAUAUAGCAUUUUUUGUUAUCUAGGAUAUACAAUUGGAUGCUGUCUUUUUUGUUUCCACAAUGGAAUUGCAAAUCUGUUGGAUCUAACUUCAAAUAAUGAUGCUGACCGAGAACUUUUUUGGGCAGUAGAAGGUUAUUGCUUUAGUGAAAGAUUAAAACUAAAAUAAUAGACCAUUAGACCACCACCUCUUAUCUAUGAAAACAACAUGAAUUUUCUGUGGGUUAAAAGAAACACUGUUAGUUACUGAACUUAUAGCGUUGUUUUACUUGGUCGGCUAACAUUUUUGUCUUAUUUAAAUUCGUUACUGAACUUCUAUUUUUCUUUUAGUAUAAGCAUUUUGCAUGUCUUUGUUUGUUACAUUAACCAAAAAGGCUAACACACCAAACAAAAAACAUGACAUUGCAUAAAAAACUGUCAACCGCUAAUCGUGUUGCCAUUUUGCCAGAUCUUAUAUAGGAGGAUCGCACUUCAGAAAUUCAAUUUUCACGUGAUAAGGUAUUACGGUUGAACAGAGUCAAGAGACAAUUCAACCCCUUAUUUUCAAUUAUUUAAAUUUAUAAAUAAGAGCUAAUAAAACAGAAAAA